CCGCAGUAGAGGAGUGCACAACCCUUCAACCCACUAAACAAGAUGGAUUUUGUCAACAAGAUUGAGGUGGGGAUAUCUAAGUUGUCCGAAAAGGACGAGAUCGUUUCCAGGAAUACCAUUACGGUCACGCAGCUCGUGCCCGACGUCUUACGGCAAGUCGUUGCGUGGGCGUCGCCCGAUAAAGAUGAUGCAGAAACUUACGAACAAUAUAUACAGAGGAAACUUAACAGACCGCUCACCAAGAAUGAUUGGAAGCGCCUGAUCAACCACAAAGACAUGAAGAAAGUGAUAGAAGUAAACACCAAUUCAGCUGACUUCGAUGUUACGCUGCUAUUCAGUCUUAUGUGUGCCUUUCAUGAAAUUUCACCGCGGAAGGAUAGUAAGGAGGAGCAGGAAGCUUUCGCUUCGUUCAAACGAAUUAAAGUACUCAGAAAUAAGAUAAUGCACAAUACCAGUGACCUAAAAGACCAAGGAAAAGUUGAAGAAAUCAAAACAGCUCUCAUUCAAUUGGUAACCAAGUCCUCAAUCACUUACGAGGUUUCUGAAUCAGACGCAAAUAAGGUGCAUGAAGAAAUAAAAAAGAGAAUCGAUCAGAUCGUCACAACGAAAGUCAUGCCACAAGUCGAAGACAAUCAGGUCAAGAAAGAAAAAAAAGAAAAGUUAGGCCACGUAAAGACUCAGAAUUUAAUUGAACUGAAGAGGGCUUGCCGUGAAUACUUCAACUGUAUUCUUAAGGAGAAUAGAUUGUUCGUUACUAAAAUCCCUCAGUCAACCGAUCUUUUCCAUGGAAUGGAUAUCUUCGAGAAUGUUAAAUUUGGUGAACACAACAAGCCAGAAUCACCUAUUUCUCAACCCGUAGAUUCAAGACAACUUUUGAGCCUUGAGCAAGAGCAAGUAGUGAUCCUCAUUGGAGCACCGGGCUGUGGAAAAACGACAUUAAUUAAAAACUUAACUUUACAGUUCUACAAAGCAGAGAGGAACAAGGAUUACUUAUCAAAAUUUCAACUACUGAUCUACUACGAUUGCUCCGACAGAACAGCUACCAGCCUGGAGGACGUCGUAGAACACUGUCUUCGUAAACUGUGUCACGAACUAGGAGCUUCAGAGAUUGUUCAAGAAAUCCUAAGUCUAAAAACAUUGUUCCUCGUUAAAGGAUCAGAUGACUUGAACAGAGACUCGUCUCGCGUACUAGAAGACUUGCUUAGGAAAGUCCAGUUUACGGAUUGUAAAGUUCUCAUAUCAACCAUUUCACAAAAAGAGCCGGAACUUUCAACUCGCAUCAAAAAGAUAGGCCUGAAAGAAAAUGGUUUCAGAAUGAAGCCUAUCGAAAACCUGAAUGAUCAAAAAACAUUUCUACGGAACUACAGCAGAACUCAUACUGAGGAUAAAAAAAAAGAAUUGCUCGAAAAAUUUAAUGAAUUGAAUAAGAACGUGCGAGAUUGUUUCCAAUCGCCGGCGAGUUUGCAGUACCUGUGCCAAGAACUUCAGAAGAAUAAACCCAGAUUAGGUAAAACGACUCAAGUAACAGAAGUGGCACCAGAUCUUCACCUAUUAUACAGAAAAUUACUGGAGUGCAAGUUGCAGCGACAGGGAAUUUUCAACUGCAAGAGGCUGAGUGAUGAUUUGCUCGUGGUCAUCGGAGAAUUUGCAGUGCAACAAAUUCAUGGUCAAAUGAACACCAUUUCAGAGGAACAGCUGUCUCGGCUGGAACGCCUUUGCCGCCAGGAGUUGAAGAACUAUGACGCUGCAGGAAGUGCACUCGCUCAUCUGGCUGCUGACAUCGUUCUGAUAAAAAAAGGAAAUACCCGCUCUUUUCAACAUGAGAGCGUUCAAGAAUACUUCGCAGCGAAAUACAUAGUGCGUCGCCUGUGUGACAUGCGUGAAACCUUGGAAUCUAUCAUGAUGUGGCGACCGAAACCAAUGACAAGGAUGCGCAACGUUCUGGUAUGGGUGAUCAAGGAGUUGUCUUCUGAGGAACACAAGACUUCCCUCAACUAUCGCUGGGAGGAACUGCGCCAAGCCAUGCAAAAGGCGGGUGCCGACUUUGACACAUGGACCGAAGUACUAAAGAGCUGCGGGGACAACAAAAAGUUGAAGGAAGCCGUCGAGAAAGAGAGAAGUGUAGCAUGGUUGCUGGAGAACGAGGACGAUGCAAAAAGAAUGGCGAGGUUCCUGACGGACGAUGAAAGAAGAAUGGCGAGGUUCCUAACGGACGAUGAUCGUAAAGCCAUUCGAGUGAAUUUAGACCCAGCUACAGCACCGCCUGCUGAAUGGGGUUCAAUCAUUGAAAAUUUCACUGGAAAAAUUGAGUUAGAUUUUUCUCGAAAAAUAGACUCUCCGUGUGAUGCUUAUCUAUCACAUUUCAACAAAGCAAAGUGUCAGGUGACAUAUUUCAACGGUUGCAUCCAGGACAAGAAAAACAUGGAUAUUUUGAAAACUGUGGCCGCCCCAACAUGCAAACUGGAGAUCAUGCUCAAAGCUUCUGAACCUGUUGACCAGCUGAAUAUAUAAAUUCAACCAUAUUGACAAAGCUGCAUGUCAUCGCUACUUCUGACAGAAUUUCACUGAAAUUAAAUGUGUGUCACCUGAGAGUGAGAGAAUUGGUAUCUUGAAUAUACGAAAACUUUUUCUUCUUGGCUCCUGGGUAUCGUGAA